AUGAAGAAAGGCGGGAGUGUGAACGGUACAACCUGGAGACAAAUCGGGAGCAACGUGAAAGACGUAUUCCGAUCUCCUACGUUUCUAGUUCCGGUUAUCAUAUCCAUAAUUUUGUUAGCUCUGUUCUUUUUACGGAGGUACCUUAGGUGGACGGUUAAAUGUUCCAGUAAAAAUGGCAUGGAAGGGAAAACAGUUGUUAUUACAGGCGGGAAUACUGGAUUGGGAAAGGCCACAGCAUACGAACUUGCCAAGAGAAAUGCUAGAGUCAUUAUUGCGUGUAGGAAUGACAUCAAAGGUGAAGCGGUCGCGAGGUCCAUCAAAAUCAAAACCGGAAACCCGUUUGUCUACUGUUCACAUUUAGAUCUCGGGAAUCAACGCUCUAUCCGAGAAUUCGUCCAAGAUUUUCUAUCAAAGGAGUCAGCUUUACAUGUACUAAUUAACAAUGCAGCCUAUAUGGGACCUCGAGCCACAACAGAUGAUGGAUACGAACGGACAUUUGGGGUCAAUUAUCUUGGACAUUUCUACCUUACUUACUUACUACAAGACAGACUCAAGAAAUGUGCCCCAAGUCGGAUAAUCAACAUAGCCUCAGAUGCUAUUAAGAAGGGCAAACUUGAUUUCGAUGACCUGCCGUUACGCAAUUACGAUAUCUACGGAGCAUACGCCAGGAGUAAAGCGUCACUAGGAAUGUUCACAAUAGAGGCUCACAGACGAUGGCUUGACGAUACAGUUGCGUCAUAUGCAGUACAUCCAGGUGCUGUUUGUACAGAUCUCUUAAGGAGCUGGCCAGGAAUCUUUGGACAAAUCCUUCGGGUGGCAUCUAGGAUUUUGUUCAAAUCUCCCGACGAUGGCUGUCAGACUAUUGUUUAUUGUGCUGUCUCUAAUGGACUAAAGAAGUUUUCAGGCAAACUGUUUUCUCAAUGCGACGUCAGUUCAUUCCCGGAGAGUCUGCGCGACAAGGAGCAGUGCCGUAAGUUAUGGGAUCUCAGCUUAGAACUGUGCGGGCUUGAGAAAGAGCAAGAUCUGGUAGACAAGGAACCAGAACUAAACACCAACCACGUGACAAAUGCAACGCCGCAUACAAAAAGUCAGUGAACAUUGUGGGCCGGCUGGGAACGAAAAUGAUAGAAUGGAUUUUCUUAUGAAACAAAAAAGUUAGUAAGGAAUAUUACGUUUGAUAAAUAUCGGCUGCUUCCAUAGCAACGAAUGAUAAUAUAGCUCAUAUAUAACAGAAUAUGAACAUGUAUUUCCGAUUGUUUAUGUAUAUCUGAAACGAAGCUAAAUCAGUAUCCAUGAUUUACAUAAAUAGUAUGUAGAGGGUUUCAUAUGUAGCCAGCAACAUAUAGGUCUUCACAAAAAAUGUAUAACGAUUUAUAGCCAUGAACGAUUUAUAGUGUUGAUGCUAUAUAACAUGUACUAAUGUCCAAUGAUGACAUGUACGUAGUCGUAUACAAAGUUUCUCCUUUGUACUUUUCGAAUAAAGCCGGCAUCAUUUCUGUGUUAGGAUCCCAUUGACACAAUUAUUGUAAGCCGGAAAGAAAAAAAAGCGUGGUUAGUUUUAUAUUCUAGUUAAUCAAAAUAAGAAAAACGGGAUGGAUAAUUUGUCCUAUAUAUUUUGCGUAUUUCUUGAAUAUAGAAAGUGUUGCUUUUUAAGUUAUGUUGGUCAACGUUUGUUGUGGUCAGAUGUAAGAUAUGUUGGUCAACAACUGUUGUGUUCAGAUGUAUUAUAUACGUGUGUUAUUAUGUCGUACUACCCAUAACCAUAACAUAAUGAUAAACUAGACAUUAUAUAUCAAAAUCUUUAAAAAUUUUAAUAUAUAUUAUUUAAAGCUAAAAACGAAAACAAUAUGUGAAAGUUUCCAUAUUAUUUUGCUGUCUUUAAAACUUUUACCUUUCUUUUUUCAUAUUUAU